AUUGCACAUAACCUCACGAAAAUGUCAGCUUUAAAACGGGUGCAGCAAUGGGCUACGUUUGCCCGAAUUUGGCACGUAUACGAUGCCAAAUGGCAGAAUCCUUUUCAAUCGUCGUUAUUACUCAAAAAAUAUCUGAUGGGGAUGCACAAACCAAUUUAUCAUCCAAUGAAUGACUGUGGAGAUCAUGUAAUUGUUAUAAAUAGUAAAGAAAUUGCCUUACCUGGGGAUGAGUGGAAAAAGAGGGUAUAUUUUCACCAUACAGGUUAUCCAGGGGGUGCUACCUGGACUUUAGCCUGGGAAUUACACAGCAAAGACCCAACUAUGGUAAUUAAAAAAGCAGUUUACAACAGUAUGGAUGGUAAUUUGCAAAGAAGAUACACCAUGCAAAGAUUACAUAUUUUCCCAGACGAAAAUGUACCUGAAGAGUUAAUGAAAAAUGUGUCUAACCAAAUUAGAGGUAUCAAACCUGUACCAAAAAGGCUGGAUCAUUAUAGUGAACAAGAAGUCAAAGAGUUCCCUAAAAUUAUUGAUUAUCCCAAAGAUUAUGUUUUAAGAUAAUAAGUUCUAAAUGCCGAGUUGGGAAACCCUUCAUAGUGCAGAUAUAAAUAUACA